AUGUCCUCCGCGUCCGGGAUGAUUGUGAUGAAAGCAUCGUCGUCGCAAGGCAACAACGUCUCCGCGUCCUCGGUAGUCGCGACGGACGAAUCAAAGAAAAGUUUGGAACAGUUGAAAUCACUGAAAGCUGGGGAUUUACUCGCCAACGGCGCGUUCCGAGUGGAAAAAGUCGAACCGGUGCCGGAUUACCAAGUCGUCUCGGUGUCUUUGAAACACGUGAAAACAGGCGCGCAUUGGCUGCACAUCGGGGCGGAUGAUUCGAACAACGCGUUUAACGUUGGCUUUAAAACGGUACCGAUGGAUGACACCGGAGUGGCGCAUAUUUUGGAGCACACGACCUUGUGCGGGUCGAACAAGUACCCGAUUCGAGACCCGUUUUUUAACAUGUUGCGAAGGUCGCUGUCGACGUUUAUGAACGCGAUGACGAGCGCGGAUUUUACGUGUUAUCCGUUCGCGACGAUGAACAGAGUUGAUUACGAUAACUUGUUGAGCGUGUAUUUAGACGCAGUUUUCUUCCCAAAACUCGAAGAACAGGACUUUAAACAGGAAGGGCACAGGUUUGAAUUCGCCAAGACCGAAGACGCGAGUUCCGGAUUGAAGUAUAAAGGGGUCGUGUUUAACGAAAUGAAAGGCGCGAUGGGGUCGCAAAAUGCGAGGUUUAUGCGAGCGCUCGGGGCGAAUUUGUUCCCCACGUCCACGUUUCAUUACAAUUCCGGCGGUGACCCGACUGCGAUUCCAGAUCUGACGUACGAACAGUUGAAAGCGUUUCACGCUUUGCACUAUCACCCGUCCAACGCUCGGUUUUACACCUACGGCGAUUUCCCGUUGGAAGAGACGUUGAUAAACGCGGAAACGAUGGCGUUGAACCAGUUCGAAGCGAUCGACGUGUCCAAGUUGGAUAUCGCGGACGAGAGUAGAUACACGUCGCCGGUCGUGGCGGAAGUUUCCGUCCCGAGAGACUCCGUGGUGAACGAUCCGAAGAAAACCGCCAUAACGUCCACCGCGUGGUUGAUGUUGAACAACGUCAAGGACGACGCGAACGCGAAAUUGGAUAACUUUGCGUUAUCGAUCGCGUCGGAUUUGUUGCUUUCCGGUCCGCAAUCGUAUUUCCACGAGGCGCUUUUAGAGCCCGGGUACGGGAGCGGCUUGGCGCCGGGCAGCGGCUACGGCAACUCGAGAAGAGAAACCUCCUUCUCGGUUGGCGUGAAAGGCGUCGGGGAAGAGGAGAUUCCAAUCGUCGAACAAAAGAUUCAAGAAACGUUGGAAAGUGUCGCGAAAUCCGGGUUUCCGAGAAACCGGGUCGACUCGACGUUGCACCAAAUCGAAUUAGACGCCGCAGCUGUGAAGCCAAACUUUGGUUUAAUGGUUGGCAUCGGGACCAUGUCCACGUGGGUGCACGACGGCGACGCUUUGAGACCGCUGAGAACACUCUCGCUCGCGAGGCAAUUGCAAGAGAAAUUGGAUUCCGAUCCUCAGUAUUGGCAAAACUUAAUCUCGAAGUACUUUUUGAAUAACCAACACAAAGUUAUCGUUCGUGCGCGAUCGGACGAAAAGUACGACGCCAAAUUGGAAGAAGCCGAGAACGCGUUGUUGAAAGAAUUAGAAUCUAAACUUUCCGAAGACGAAAAGAAGAAAAUUGUCGAGGACGGCGUUAAAUUGAAAGCCGCGCAAGACGGCGAACAAAACGCCGAGCUGUUGCCGACGUUAAAAGUCGCUGAAGCGGUGGACCGAUCGAUCAAAAAGUGGGGAUCGAAAGAGGAAAAGUUACGAUUGAACUCGAACAACAUCGACUUGAAGUUACAAGUGGACGAGCAACCGACGAAUGGGGUGGUCUACGUCGGCGCCAUGUUUGAUUGCUCUCAAUUACCGGACAGAUUGACGCCGUACUUGGACUAUUUCGCGGAUUACGUGGACCAAAUCGGCACAUCGAAAGUUGGGUACAAAGACUUCGCGGAGAAAAUCAAAGGCGUCAGCGGUGGCGUAUCCAUCGAUGUUCUCAGUAACAAUGACACGAACAUGCCGUUGAAAUGGACCGAGAACGGCGAAGUUGCCAUGAACAUCGGAUCUCACUGUUUAGCGCGUAACGCCGACGCUAUGGGCGACAUCUUGUUGGACGUCUGCACGGAUGCGAAAUGGUUCGGCGACGACGAACGAUUGAAGUUCUUGAUCAAACGUCGGUCCGCGCAGUUAGGCGCGUCCGUCGCGCAAAACGGCAUGGGGUACGGUAAAGCCGUGUGCGCGUCCAAAAUGUCCGCCGCGGGAGAACUCGAAAACCGCACCGGCGGUCUUCCACAGGUUGCAUUGGCGCAACGCUUAGCGAAAGCCGAACAAGCAGGCGUGGAAGAAGUCAAAGCCGCGUGCUCUGAAAUUCAAAGUUUACUCUUGACGCCAGAGAACGUGAAGAGAUGCCGCGUCGCGUCUCAAGCGCAAGACGUGGAAGCUGGCAAAGCGCAGUUGGCGAAAUGGUUGUCGGCGUUGCCGUCCACGGGAAGUAAACCUUCUUCCUCGGAUGGAUCGUCGUUGAACGCGAAAUUGGCCGCGUUUACCCCGCAAUCCGCGUCGAAAACCUACGUCGCCAUCAAAGGUCAAACCAACUACUGCACCGGCGCGAUCGAAACCGUCGGGUACGAACAUCCGGACGCCCCGGCGCUCUUCCUCCUCUCGCAAGCCAUGAGCACUGAAUUCCUCCACCGAGAGAUUCGCGAGAAAGGCGGCGCUUACGGCGGCGGUUCCUCGUUCGUCCCGUCUGCCGGCAUCUUCUACUUUUCCUCCUACCGCGACCCGAACACGCUCGAAACUAUCGAAACGUUCCAAAAAGCCUGCGAAUGGGCCGCUCAACCGAGCUCAAUCACGAAAACCAUGGUCGAAGAGGCGCAUUUGCGCGCGUUCAAAUCCAUCGACUCGCCGAUCGCCCCAGCCUCUCGCGGCCAAUCCUUAUACGCGCAGAGAAUGACCGACGCCCAACGUCAAAACUUCCGCACGCGUCUGCUCGAUUGCACAGCAGAAGACAUGACCAGAGUCGCGCAGGAGUACCUCCUGAACAAACCGAUGACGGUGUGUAUCGUCGGCAGCGAAGACAAAGUCCCCGUCGACGACAAGGCGUACGAGUGCGUCGACGCCGAAGGUUUGCCUAAAACAAACGCACCCACCGUGUGA